AUGAAAGGCGGGGCGGCGCCGACUGCAGCGCGCCGCUCCGCGCAAGGGCUCCGCGCAGCGCAGGGCUCCGCGCAGGGCAGCGCAGCGCGCAGGGCCGCGGAUGCGGAAAGCGGGGCGGGCGAAGUGCCGGGAUGGGCCCCCGCGCCCCAGGCUUUGAGCCGCGCAGCGCGGCGCCGAGGCGCGCGGAGCCGAGCCGCGCAACUUGCGCCGUGGCCAUGUCCGGAGGGGCGAGCCCGGCCCCGGCCCCUGGGAGCCGUCGCUUCGUCUGUGUUGGUGUCCCAAUUAAUGGAUUCUGACAUGGAUUAUGAGAGGCCAAACGUAGAAACUAUCAAGUGCGUCGUGGUCGGGGACAACGCGGUGGGCAAGACCCGACUGAUCUGUGCCCGCGCCUGCAACGCCACGCUGACCCAGUACCAGCUCCUCGCCACCCACGUGCCCACGGUGUGGGCCAUCGACCAGUACCGCGUCUGCCAGGAGGUGCUGGAGCGCUCCCGGGAUGUGGUAGAUGAUGUUAGUGUGUCCUUGCGGCUCUGGGACACUUUUGGUGACCACCACAAAGACAGGCGCUUCGCCUAUGGCAGGUCCGACGUCGUGGUUUUGUGCUUCUCCAUCGCCAACCCCAACUCCCUACACCAUGUGAAGACCAUGUGGUACCCCGAGAUCAAGCACUUCUGUCCCCGUGCUCCCGUCAUCCUGGUGGGCUGCCAGCUCGACCUGCGCUAUGCCGACCUGGAGGCCGUCAACCGGGCACGGCGACCCUUGGCCAGGCCAAUCAAACCUAACGAGAUCCUUCCCCCGGAGAAGGGGAGGGAGGUAGCCAAGGAGCUGGGGAUCCCCUAUUAUGAAACGAGCGUGGUGGCCCAGUUUGGCAUCAAGGACGUCUUCGACAAUGCCAUCCGGGCCGCCCUCAUCUCCCGCCGUCACCUGCAGUUCUGGAAGUCCCACCUCCGCAACGUGCAGCGGCCUCUUCUCCAAGCCCCCUUCCUGCCCCCCAGGCCCCCUCCGCCCAUCAUCAUCGUCCCGGACCCCCCUUCCAACAACGAGGAGCGCCCAGCCCACCUUUUGGAGGACCCUCUGUGCGCGGACGUCAUCCUGGUGCUGCAAGAGAAGAUCAAAAUCUACGCACACAAGAUCUACCUCUCCACCUCCUCCUCCAAAUUUUACGACCUGUUCCUCAUGGACCUGAGCGAGGAGGACCAGCAGAGCACCGCGGGGCACGGCUUCGGGGUGGCCGUCACCGCGGCCGCCGAGAGGAUGCUGCACCAAGAGGAGAGGCACCACGGGCGGGAUUUCCUCCUCCGAGCUGCUAGCUUUGAUAUCUGCGAGAGCGCCGAGGAGGCCGGAUCCGGCCAGCGAAAACCGUGCCUUAGAGCCUCCACCAGUGAUGGGAUCCUGCGGGGAAACCGCUACGAGAACGGGGAGCGGGGGCUGCGGCGGGGAAGGGACCUCUCCUCUUGGAGCCGGGCUUUCACCAGCAUCCAGGAGGAGAUGGCAGAAGACCCGCUGACCUACAAGUCCAAGCUCAUGGUGGUGGUGAAGAUGGAUGCUUCCAUCCAGCCGGGUCCUUUCCGGGCUGUGCUGAAGUACCUGUACACAGGGGAGCUGGAUGAGAACGAGCGGGACCUCAUGCACAUUGCUCACAUCGCUGAGCUGCUGGAGGUGUUCGACCUCCGGAUGAUGGUGGCCAACAUCCUCAACAACGAGGCGUUCAUGAACCAGGAGAUCACCAAAGCCUUCCACGUCCGGAGGACCAACCGGGUGAAGGAAUGCCUGGCCAAGGGGACUUUUUCGGAUGUCACCUUCGUGCUGGAUGACGGUGCUAUCAGUGCCCACAAGCCCCUGCUCAUCUCCAGCUGCGACUGGAUGGCCGCGAUGUUCGGCGGCCCCUUUGUGGAGAGCUCCACCAACGAGGUGGCACUUCCUUACACCAGCAAGAGCUGCAUGCGGGCGGUGCUGGAGUACCUCUACACCGGGCAGUUCAGCUCCAGCCCCGACCUCGAUGACAUGAAGCUCAUCAUCCUCGCCAACCGCCUCUGCCUGCCGCAUCUGGUGGCUCUCACCGAGCAGUACACCGUCACCGGCCUGAUGGAGGCGGCACAGAUGAUGGUGGACAUCGACGGGGACGUGCUCGUGUUCCUGGAGCUGGCUCAGUUCCACUGCGCCUACCAGCUCGCCGACUGGUGCCUCCAUCACAUCUGCACCAACUACAACAACGUCUGCCGCAAGUUCCCCCGGGACAUGAAGGCCAUGUCGGGAGAGAACCAGGAAUACUUCGAGAAGCACCGCUGGCCGCCGGUGUGGUACCUGAAGGAGGAGGAUCACUACCAGCGGGCGAAGAAGGAGCGGGAGAAGGAAGACUACCUCCACCUCAAACGGCAGCCCAAGAGGCGAUGGCUCUUCUGGAACGCCUCCUCCUCCCCUUCUUCCUCUCCUUCAUCGUCGGCAGCCACAGCCUCCUCUUCUUCCUCCUCCUCCUCCUCCUCGGCUGUGGUUUGAAAGCCCGUCCUUGCCCUGGCUCCAGCAUCCCUGGGAGGAGACGGGGAGGAGGAGGAGGAGGAGGAAGGGUGGGAUGACCUGCCCCAGCACCAGGCGUGGAGCGGAUGCCACCGGCCAAAGCCCCAGAGGAGCCGGUGGUAGCAGGGGCCCGUCGCUGCGGAGGGGCCCGGGGCCAGGCGCCAGCCCCCAGCACUCCUGGAGCAGGGCUGGCAGAGACCGAGCAGCAGGAGAAACUCACGUUUACAGGAGCACGAGGGCUGUGUCGUGGAUUUUUUUUUUUAAUUUUUUUUUUUUUUUUUUUUUUUUUUGGAACAUCAGCAGCAUGAGGAAGAAGAAGAAGCCCAUCCCGCUUCCACUGCAGUUUGAAACCAGAAGCUGUGGGAUAUGGUUUGUUUGUCUGAUGGCAUCGUGCCACCCUGGGCAGCCGGAGCUGCUGUGGGGGGUCCUGCCACCCCCUUUGACUUACAGCAGGGUCAGGCACGGUGCAGGGGACCCCUGUCCCCAAAUGCCUCCAGGCACGCACUGCAGCAUCUCUCCUUCUACUCCCAAGUGGGGUCUGUCCUAAUUCGGGGAGCGGGAGAGGACAGGAGCCCUCUCCUCCCUGCCUCUUAACUUUUAAUUUUUGUUUAAAACGAAAACUUAAAGAAAAAAACAAAACAAAACAAAACAAAAAAGACAAACAGCUAUCCCAAACCCACCCCCCUGCAACCUGCCACACCAGAAACCAACCCCAGGCCUUGGGCUUGGGAUUUUAGCCUGGAAGGCUCCAUUGUAAUAAAUGGUAUUUUAAAAGCCCGGCGUGGUCCCUGUGUGUUUGGGAGGAAGCAGCUGGACACGGGGCUUGGGGUGACACCAGCACCUCCCCCCCCAGCGCUCCCAGGGCCAGUGGCGGAGCGUUGCAGGAUCCAGCUGCCAAAAACCCUUGUAGGAGGAGAGGUGGCUUUACCGUCGGACUAACUUGGCGUGUCCCACCUGUGUCCUUGUAGGUGCCCAAGCACAGCGGGGACAGGCAGGAGGAGGCAGCGUGGCCCUGCGGGCUUUGCGGGACUGCCAGGCAGGGCAGGUGAGCAGGAGGGACCCAAACCUCUGCUCGCCCUCCCCAGCCGGGAAGGGGAAAGCUCCUUUGAGCUCAUCCCUGGCAGAAACUGCUGCCGGAGCGAGCACGGAGGGAUGCUGCUGGCAGGGAUGCUCCCGCCGCUGCCCCUUCCCGCUCCGCGUUGCUCCUCUUCCCGGCCGGCCUCGGUGGAGCACCUUGGAGUCACUGGUUUCACACGCUCAUCCUCAGCCACGGCUGCAGGAGCGAGGUUGCAGCUCCGGUGUGCUUACACUCGGGGUUUUCACACUUUGCAGCACCAGCGAGCAGGUAGGACCACAAGCUUCUUUCCUUUUUGAACCUGGGCGCUCGCCGCUGCUCCCAAGUCCCGUUUGCCUUCCCCAGGCCAGGACACCCCCCCCCCCCCCCCCCCAACCCCCGUGUCCCGGCACUAAAUCCUGCAUGUGCCUGGCUUGCAGGAGCUCCCUGCCCAGGUUUGCACGCUUGGGAGGGCAUGCUGGGGCUGCCUGGGACAGGACCUCGGGCAUGAAACCUCGGGGCAGGUCACCAAGAGCUCCUGCUUUUAGCACUCGCGCCAGACCUGCAUUAUUGCUAAACCCCAACUGCAGUGUGAAGGCUGGUGGGCAGCUCGAGGCCGGGGGGAGGGGGGGGCUUUCUGGGGCGGGCAGAGCCCUUUUCACCCUAAGCACUGCAUGGAUUUCCAACGCAGCUAUUGCAACACACAGAGCCCUGGCUGGGGGGGAGCCGGAGCGGGGGGAAGCACCGCAGCCCCCCCGGCAGCAGCGGCUCCCUCAGGGGGGGUCAGCAGCAUCGCUCGGCCCCGGGGUCCCAGCCCCUGCCCACUCGAGGGACUGAGAUUUCAGCCUCCUACUUUUGCAGGCGACUAAAGAGCACAGGACUCAGGGUGUAGGUGUCAAGGCAGAGCCCAGGCUUGCUGCUGAGGAUUUUCCCCAGCAGAAGCGUCGCUGGUGGGGACCCAUCCCAGCAGGAUGCCCGCGUGGCAGAGCACUAACACCACGGCCUGGGUCCUUAGUGCCACACGGAGCAGCUGCUGAGCAUCUGGUCCAGCUCCUUUGGUGCCCACUGAAACCCAGAACAGACAGUCGCCAGUGUUACAGCACAGCAAGAGGCCGGGGGGGGGGGGGGAGGCAGGGAAAUACAUGAGAAAUCAGGAAGAUUUUUUUAAAAGUUUAUUCUUCCUUCAUAAAGAGACAUGUAAAAACUGGAAAAAGCAAACUGGCUGGGCCAGAGCUCUGUAUAAAAACACACAAACAUGCAUAGUAAAAAAACAGUACUAUUUUUAUAUUAGCUUUUAAGUUAAUAUAUGUACACGUUUACAGUUACUAAAUAAAUACAUAAAUACAAACUUUCUACUUGCAUUUUCUAGACUGGAUUUUCGUAAGCCGUGGUGAGGAGGGGGGAGAAGGGGCGGCAGCGGGAGGGACGGGCGCUUCGCAGCACGGGGCAGCUCUGGCUGCAGAGAGGGGCUGGCGCUGCCCCUCGCACCCUGCUGGGAAAGGUCACAGAAUGGUUUGCAUUGGAAAGGACCUUAAAGAUCCUCAAGCCUGGUGGGUCCCGGUGGGCUGGGCUGUACUGGGGCAGCAGCACGUGUAGCCAGCUCAAGUAAUGGGAUAGUUUUUCCAGCCAAGUUGUCCCUGAGCUAUGUGUGAGAGCCAGAGCAAGGGGCAAAGUGUUUGAGGAGCGACCCAUCGAGGUGGAGGAUGGAUGGUGGGUACCCACAGACACGCUCAGUGCAUUCACCUUUCCACGCUGGCUGAGACAGACAGGGACAGCAAAGCCACUCCACAGCCAAGGGAAUGGGAACUAACCGACUCAACCAAAGUCAUGGAGAAGGUUUCUGGCACCCCGGUGGUUUGCUGCCCACGUUCCCCACCCUGCUCUGAGGAGGAGCUCACUCACUCCCUGCACUGACCCUUUUCUUGGGCAACCCCAGUGAUCACAGGGCAAGUCAGUCAUUCCCACCCUCCCCUCAAAGUCCAGUUGCACACUGGUGCCUAACAGCAAGCAGAACCACUACUACUUAAAACGCAAUUCAUUCAACAGCUUUGAGAAAGUAACCCAAGAACCCAGUUAAUGCUUGCCCACCGAGCAUACAGUAUUAAGCCUGCUGGCCAGCUUAGAGAUGUUCUACAAGCAGAAGCCAUUGCAUGAUGUCACGAAUGCCCCCC